UCAGCUGCUGCCGGCUAUCGGCGAAGACCACCAGAUUGAGUACCACCUAUUCCUACUGAUUUUGCUCCGCCAGAAUCUUCAAUUUCCCUUGAACCCAAAAGAUUAUAUAUAUAGCAAAAUGCGUUGGUCCCCUUUUCUGGGGAUCCCACUUGUCAUUGCUCUCAUAUCUUUUCUCUUCUUCAAGAUUUUUCCGCUUAGCUCAUUGAUUGGCAGCCCACCACCAUUACAACCUAGACUAUUCAGUGCAGAAGAGCUGUCUUUUUACAAUGGCUCUGAUCCUCAGCUGCCCAUAUACCUUGCCAUUGUUGGGUCAGUGUUCGAUGUGACAAAAGGAAAGAGUCAUUACGGUGCUGGAGGGGGUUACAAUCAUUUUGCUGGAAGGGAUGCUUCUAGGGCAUUUGUUUCGGGAAAUUUUACAGGGGAUGGACUUACUGAUUCACUGCAGGGUCUAUCCAGUCCUGAGGUUAAAAGUGUUGUUGACUGGCGUGAUUUCUAUUUCAAAACUUACAUAUAUGUUGGUAAGUUGGACGGUCGCUACUAUGAUUCCAAGGGCAACCCUACUAAGUACUUAAAAGGGGUAGAAGCAAAGGCAGCUAGAGGAGCACAGUUAUUGGAAAAACAAAAGGAUGAAGAAGCUAAAGUGCCUAGUUGCAAUUCACGGUGGAGUCAGGAUGAGGGUUCAGAGGUUUGGUGUGAUGAUGGCUACCCGAGGCUAGUUCAGCGACCAAUAGAAAUAGCUUUGACUGGGAAAAUGAGCAAGCGCUGCGCAUGCUACAAAGAAGAUGAACUUGAACAGGCUGGAUUAGAAGUUUAUGAAGGAUGCGAUUUUUUUGCAAAGAAGUGUAGGAUAUAGAAACUGUAAAUUACUAUUCCUUAAAUGUUUGCCAUGUACUUUAAUGUAGUUUUAGAAGGGGAAUACGUCCCCAUAACAAAGAGAGAGAGAGAGAGAGAGAGCUGUUCUGCUGGAUAUUCUUGUACCUGUUUUACAGUUGAUGCUUUUGGCAUUGUCAUAUUGGUUUGGUUUAUUAAUGAGUUGAAAUUGCUGCUCUUGACUAAGUUGUAAA